AUGGCCCCACCCGAGAACAUUUUCGACCGCGCCCUCCCGGCCCCUUACAAGCUCUGGUUCGAGGAGCCCAAGACCCUUUACGACGCCGCGCCCAUCUUACAUGAAGAGAUAGUAUCCGUACUAAGCACACACAUCAACAAAGACACACCUAUGACCAAGUACACCAUCGCUCCCGUUUCGGACACCUGGGUCCACACGCGUCCUGAGAAGGAUCCGCCACGCUUCACACUCUUCUGCUCCAACAACCUUGCCGACGCCAUCGUCAUCGUUACCGUCGCGUACGGACCAUCCGAGGGGCAUGUCGGGGAGAAAAUACACCUGUCGCGUUUUCUGCACGAUGCCAGUGUGUAUGCGAACAGAGCGAAUAGUGCGCCAUGGCGCCUGGCGGCGGUUGUGUUCGUGGACGUAACCAACAAGAGAACGCAGACAGUGGCAGAGCCCCAUAUUGAUGAAGAUGGGCGGAUUGAUGCUACUGGUGGCGAAGUAAUGAAAGAUAUGAUGCAAACGCCGUUCUUGAAGGCGGUGCAGUGGGCGAUCCACACGGGGAACUUGGAUCAGGCGCAGGCGCCGUGGAUGGGGCGUAAGAUUGGGGGCGUUCACAUGAGAUCGCCUUCGAAUGAUAAUGUGAGACAUUAUCAAUUUAUGGUUGUGAGAUUGACGGACAAGGUGUGA